AUGAUGGAUUCUCUUAAAUUGUCUACCGCGUCCGUGCUUGCUGACCACAAGGUUACUAAGCCAAAGCCUGGAAGAAAGCUUUCCCAGGAACCCGCUAAAUCAAAGAGAAAUGAGCAAGUCCGUAACGCUCAGAGGAAAUACAGAGCCAAGAACAAGCAGAGAAUGGAAUUCUUAGAGUUAGAAAAUGUAAGACUCGCUCAAAGAAUUAGCUAUCUAGAGGAACAAUUGAAAAUAAGCACAUCAACAACAACAACAACAGCAGCAGCAGCAGCAGCAGCAGCAGCAACAGCAACAUCGGCUAACAAAUAUCCUUCGCCGCAAACUACUAUUAGCGCUCCACAGUCUGCCGGCAGUGAUACGGCUUUUGAUUACGAUGUUUCUAAACUUCUGUCUACUGAUUUGGCAGCUGGCUUGCCAAUCGAAAUGUUUAGUUAUGACUCUAGCUCUUCAGUGCCUAUGGACACUGACAACAGCAAUGUUGACCAACUUAUAGAUGAGUUGUAUACCAUUAUUGAGAAAGAACAAGUAGAUGAACCAACGGCUGGUUCCGUUGCAUCUAUUGGCCAGAGUGCUUCUAACGAAGAAUUGAAAUUUGUAUUUUACAACAAGAGCACUCCAGCCACCACAACAUCUUCUGUGGACUUCUCCAAGGUGGAUUCCACUUCCGCUUCCCAGACACACCAGUUCAUAAAUACUGCGAAUUGUCGCUCAGCACUGAAUAAUACCCAGAUUAAGACUGAGCCAUUUGAUAUUCAAAACCUUGACGAGUUCAUUUCCGGGUUAAACCCUAACAACCAAGUAAUAUCUCAUGAUAUGAAGAAGAUUUUUGCCGAGUUUAUGAAAGAUGGGGUUAGCAUUGAAGAAAUCUUUUGCGAAGGCAAUGAUGAAAACUCAAAUAAUAUGAACAAUAAUAGCUCGAUUGAGGAUUUCUUGAACUCGAAUCACGAAGAAUAUUACAAUAACUAUGACCGCAAGAAUAACUUCAAUUUUGAUGGCGGUAACGACAAUGAAUAUGAUAAUGAAAACAAUAACAAUAACAACAAUAACAAUGAUGAACAAACCUUUAAUGUGUGUGGUAUGAUUAACAGCCAAACCUGUUCUUUGACCAAUGAUGAUAACGACUCUAAUGAAUGUGAUGAUUUUGAUGAUAUAACUGUUUUUCGUAAAAGUUAUAGUAAAAGUCAAUCAAGUAAAGGUAAGAGGCAAUUGACUAAAGGUAAGAAGAGUAUUAAGACUGAGAUAAUUUUAAGACAAUUGCUCGUAAAUUAUGUUGAUGUCACAGUAAAGUCUUUGUUCAAGAAAACAGACCAUUCUUCAUGUCAUCCAUCCCCAGAAGCAAUUAACUUAUCAUGA